AUGAAAGUGGAUGACGAUUGUUGUAAUUCCCUCGACUUGUUUACGCGCUUCAUUCCUUCACCUUAUACUUCACGAGACCGGUGCCCACUUCUCCCUUUCACUUCCUCUCCGAGCUGCCUUCCUCCACCAGCGACUUUGCCGCCUCCAUCUCCGCCGAUUGCGCCGCCUCAUCUAUCUCCUCCGGUAGCGCCGCCUUCCUUCGUUAAAAUAGUCGAUUUUCCGAUUCCAGCGCUGCCUUUGAACACCGACACCUCCAGGGCCGCUGUUCGACAGCAAGACAUCAGAUAAUGUUGAAGCCAGAAGAGAAAGUGUGCAAGAUAGGGUUUUAUGUGCUACAUAUAUGGAAUUAUUCAAAUGGAAAAUGUGGUCAAUAGAUGAUUAUUCUUGAAUUUGUUUAAUUGAUCAAGUUUCGGUUGUUAUUAUGGUAUUUAGAUUGGAUUUGCAAGUAAUAGAUUGUGGUCAUUAGAUGGUUACUCUUGAGUUGGUUUAACCCAUCAACUUUCAGUUGUGAUUAUGGUCUUUAGAUUAGCAACA